AAGAAAACAAAACCCUUUAAUUACUCAACGAACCAUGGAUCUCGACAAAUCACUCGAUGCUAUUCUCGCCAGCAAGCCAAAGACCCAUCGUCACAACGGCAAGCUGCAACAGGCAAAACCCAAAGCUAAACAAACAAGCGGUGCUGGUGUGAGCAAGAAACAACCUGCCGCCAAGACAUCCGCUGUUAAGCAACACUCUGCUAAACUCGCUAAAAGUGCUGAUUUGGUGUCCAAAGCAACGCAGCAGGACCCCACUAAGAUUGUUGUUCAUCAUUUCCCCUCAGACAUUACACCUGCGCAAAUCAAGGAUUACCUGAUUGGGAAAAUUGGACCGGUUGCCAAGGUGGAGCUGGCAUACAAUGCACAUGGCAAGUCGACGGGUACGGCAACGAUUGUGUUCAAGAGCAAGCCUGUUGGCUUGGCAAAGAAGGCAGCGGCCUACCUUCAUGGCACCAAGACGGAUCAGAGGAACCAGAAGUUGCAGGUGGAGUUGGUGCAUGAGAUGCCUGUUCCCGGACUUGCUGAGCGUUUGCCUGGAUUGGGUUCCGUGACGAGGCAGCCGCAGCAGAAGGUGGCUACUCAGGUGCAAGCCAAGAAGGGCAAGCAGGUGGCUAGGCCUGUUGCAGUGAAGCAGACGAAGCUUAAGAAGACUGGGCCUGGACGUGUGAAGCGUGUGGCCAAGACGGCGGAGGAGUUGGAUGCCGACAUGACGGAUUACUUUGACAAGAAGAGUGCUUAGGUCUGGUUAUGGUAGACCUAAUAUAUGUUUUCUCCAGCUGCUCAUCAAUAUCACUCUGCAC